UAUAUAUAGAUAUACAUAUAUAUAGAUAUAUAUGUAUAUCUAUAUCUAUAUAUAAUCAGUCUGUGUGUGAUGGAGCUCCGCUCCGACUGAACCGGAACCAGCAUCAUGUCUAUGGAAGACCCGUUCUUCGUCGUCAAAGGUGAGGUACAGAAGGCAGUGAACGCAGCACAAAGUCUCCAUCACAGAUGGAGCGAGCUGUUGCAAGAGGGGGGCGGAGCCUCCAAGGAGGAAAUGGACUGGACGACCAAUGAGUUGAGGAAUAGUCUGCGCUCCAUUGAGUGGGACCUGGAGGACCUCGAUGAGACCAUCAGCAUCGUUGAGUCCAACCCAAAGAAGUUCAACCUGGACGCAAUGGAUCUGUCAAAGAGGAAAGCCUUCAUCACCAGCACCAGACAGACUGUCAAGGAAAUGAAAGAACAGAUGUCAACUCCAACGUCUGCAUUAGUGGACAGAAAGAACACACAGGCUCUGCUCGGUGAUCGUGGCGCUCAGGGUCCGAUCUGGCAGCCGGGUCCUGAUAAAUACGGAAGACUGGACCGCCAACUGCAGAACGCCAACUCUCAGUUUAUAGAGGAGCAGCAGGGCCAGCAGCAACUCAUGGUGGAGCAGCAGGAUGACCAGCUGGAGCUUGUGUCGGGAACAAUUGGAGUCCUGAAGAACAUGUCAGAGAGGAUUGGCAUGGAGCUGGAUGAACAGGCUGUGAUGUUGGAUGACUUUACUCAUGAGGUGGACAACACUCAGUCUAGACUGGACAACGUCAUGAAGAAGCUGGCCAAAGUGUCUCACAUGACCAGCGAUCGACGUCAGUGGUGCGCUAUCGGCGUGUUGCUCACGAUCCUCUUCGUGGUUAUCCUCCUUUUGUUCAUCCUGUGAUUGAUGUCUCCUCCGGUCUGCACAGAACUAGUCUUAAAUCUUGGACUACUGAGCUCUACUGGACUAUUCUGGACUCUACUGGACUACAUGUCCCUUUACUGAACUUUAUUGAACUCAACUCAUCUUAAUUAAAUUCUCCUAAAUUUGUCAUGACUCUACUGGACUCCACUGAACUCUAUGGAACUUUACUGAACUUUAUGAAUUCUACUGGACUCUACUGGACUCUACUAAACUCUACUGAACUCUUUAGGACUCUACUGGACUCAGACUGACCACACUGUGUACAAAACUGUGUAGAACUUCCCUGGACUCUGUUGGACUCACUGGAUGCUCUCUUCCUGCUGAGUUGGACUGAAAAGGCACUUUGGUUCUUUGAGUGUUUGACUGUUAUCGCAGAGGUCAAAGGUCAAACCAGGUGUAAACAUUUUUGAUGCGUUUUAAUGUUUCAUAUUUGUUGUAUUUAAAGGGCAGAAAAAGACCACAACAGUUUAUUCUCAGUUCAACUCUGAGUUUAGUAACUUCAGUUCAACUCUAGUUUAAAUUCAGUUUAACUUCAGUUCAACUCUAGUUUAACUCUACUUUAAUCUGCGUUUAAACCUCCAAUUUACUUCACCUGCAAAAUAACCAUUUGUACAUCAGCUCCUCGUCCUGUGAUGCCCUGAAUUCUUGAGGAAAAUCCUAUUUUCCUCGCAUGCCUCCACUGUGAAUCAAAAAACUUUGAUGGGGGCCAUGUUUAACAAUAAGAAAACUAUAUCAAAACAUCUGUUUACAAACCGUUACACACAACUUGUGCAGUAUAAUCCUAGUCUCAUUUAUCCAGUUGUACGCUCUUUACUUCCCAAACACAAUUUGCUAAAACCUCACGUUUAAAACACUCCGGACUCCGAUCUCGCACAGACAAGUAGCGCAUUUGUGCGAGCAUUGAGUUUAUGCAGAAAUGUCUCAUUUUUGUAAUCUUUUAACCAUUUACAUCCUGUUUAACUCUGAAGUUUUCAACUCCAUGUUAACAUCAGUUUAUUCCUGGUUUUAUGAUUUAAUCCUGGUUUAAAUCCAGUUUAACUCAGGUUCAAUCCUAGUUUAAAUACAGUUUAUAUCAGGUUUAAUCCUUUAGUAAGUUUCUUAGAUCCUGGUUAAACUUCAGUUUAACUCUGUUUGAUUAGUCGGAGUUUGGAGUUUGUUGUAAAACAAUGUAAAAAACACUAAAGGUUCCUGGUUGUGUUUA